AGAAAGGUUCCUCCCUCCUCUGGCCCUUAGGCAUAGGGCAAGACUUCCCAGAGCUCCGCCUGGGAGGCGGGACCGGAGGCUCAGGACGGAGGCACUCAGACCUGCCGACCUGCUCCACUAGGGCCCGCCGCCACCGCCGCUCAUGGGGAACAGCCACUGCGUCCCUCAGGCCCCUAGGAGGCUCCGGGCCUCCUUCUCCAGAAAGCCCUCGUUGAAGGGAAAUAGAGAGGACGGCGCAAGGAAGCUGGCUGGCCCGUUUGGCACCGAGGCCGGUCCUGACCUGGACGCCACUGCCGACAGGAUCUUCUGCUACGUCCCUGGGACGGACAUCCGGGGCCUGGAGAGCCAGCGAGAAAUCCUAGAGCAGCCGUUCCUAAGUGCGUUCAGGAAGGGGCGGCGGAGAGUGCCUGUGCGGGAUCUGGGCAAGGUUGUACAUUAUGCCAAAGUCCAGCUACGGUUCCAACACAGCCAGGACGUAAGCGACUGCUACCUGGAGCUGUUCCCCUCCUGCCUCUACCUUCAGGCCCGCGGUUCCAAAGGGCUCACCUUCCAGGGACUGUUACCACUGAUGGAGCUGAGUGUCUGCCCGCUUGAGGGGUCCAGAGAGCAUGCCUUCCAGAUCACAGGCCCGCUGCCUGCUCCCCUUCAUGUGCUCUGCCCCAGCCAGGAUGAGCUGGGCCGCUGGCUGUACCACCUGGAAAAGCAGAUAGCCCUCGUGGGAGGGCUGCAGCGCUGCCACUCAGUGCCCCCGCAGGCCCCCCCGGAGGACGAGCUGCCCUGGACUCUGCAGCACAGGCUGACCCGGCUACGGACGGCAUCAGGGCACCGGAGGGUGGGCAGCGCCAUCUGUGCCUCGAGGGUCAAGCUGCAGCACCUGCCCUCACAAGACCAAUGGGACCGGCUCCUGGUCCUGUACCCAACAUCCCUGGCUAUCUUCUCUGAAGAAGCAGAUGGGCUUUGCUUUAAGAGUGCUAGCCCCACCCACCCGGCUUGCUGCCCUGGUCAGUCUGGUCUCAGCUGUGACGUGGCCAAGGAGGGGCCAAGGAGGGGUCCCUGCGGGGAGCUCCCACUCAGUGCCAUCCACAUCAACCUGGAGGAGAAGGAGAAGCAGAUCCGUUCUUUCCUGAUCGAAGGCCGCCCUCACAGGGUCUGUGUGCUAGGCCGUCUCAUCAACACUAUCCGUGUGGUGUGUGCCAGCUACGAAGACUACAGCCGCUGGCUGCUCUGUCUGCAGACCCUCGCGCCCAGGGAUGGAGCCCCCCCGCCGGGUGGCCCUGAGGGCUUCCCGGGGCUGCGGAUGUCCCCCCAGGUCACGGGUGGCGGCCGAGGCUCAGCCUCCUCAGACGGACAAACCAGCUGGGACUCGGGGUACCCAGCACCCCCUUCCACCCACACCAGCCACUCUCUGCCCGAGGCCUCAGUGCCGUCCACCACAGGCUGCCCUAUGCAGCCUGUGCCUGACCAGCCCAACCGUGGCUGCACCAGCAUCAGCAGGCAGAGGGCAGAGCCGAGACGGAGCAGCAGCAGUCGGUCACCCAAGAGUAAGGCCCGGGGUGAGGGGCCCAACCUGGCCACCUCGUUGUACUUGGACCUGACCAAGCUGAACAGGCAGAGCCUAGAGGACCACCCCGAUGCCCCAGACCACCCCCUGAAGACCCCACACUCCCCACUCUAUGCCGAUCCCUACACACCACCUGCUACCUCCUACCACAAGAUCACAGACGUCCAGGGCCUGGAUGAGUUCCUCAGAGCAAUGCAGAGCUCACUUGGACCUGAGUCCUCGAGCCCAUUCCCCUCGGUCCCUGUGUCUGUGCCGGUCUCUCACCCCAGCUCUGGACUCUCCAGUCCCCACUUGCUCUCCAAGAAGGGAGCCCUGCAGCACAGAGCCUCUCAGUGGCACCGAGGCUCCAUCAAGGGCCGGGGGCCAUCACCUCCAGACUCCCCUCAGCGUGUGAGUAGCAGCCCCCACCCCUGCCAGGUCUCCCCUGAGAGGGAAGUCUCACCCGACCCCCUGCCACCUCCCUCAGGUGGCCAUCCGCCCAAGAGCUAUGGCAACAUCUGGGAGGAAGCUUCAUCUCCCUCCCACAAGCAGUGGCCCCAAGGAGGACCUGAGGCUGCGGGGGGGCUCAUCCAGUGGAUCUGAUGGCCUCUGGGUGGCUGGUUCUUGGGACCACCUGCCAGCAUGGACCCUGGAGUGGGGGUCUAUAGCAGAGCCUGGGUCUUUCUUUGUAGGGCCACAGGCUGACCAGCAUCUAACACCUGAACCCCAUCCAGUGCCGGGUCAGUGUUUGAUCCCAGCAGGGUGAAGGGGUCUCCAGAACUAUUAGCUUCCCCGGGCUCUGAAGGGGCCAGGAGGAAGGCCUCAUACAGAAGAUGGCCUGGCGACGUGGCUGCGCCACAGGUCAGAGCAGGCCUUGUAGAGGGACCAAACUUCAACCUUUCCUCCAGGGAAGGAAUGAGGGAGGCCGCUUGAUGCAGGCUUUACCUGGCGGUGGGAAAACGGUGCAGGUGGGAAGGUCAGAGGGCUGAGAAAGCCAGGUUAGUGAGGGUCAGAGCACGUGAGAUCAGAGAGCAUGAGGUUAGGAGGUCAGCAAAGUCUGAGACAUCGCAAGCAGAGAUAGAAGGGUGUUCUGGGUGAAUGUCAGCGGGCGGGGCUGGUCAGGAGAAACCGACAAGUGACUAAACAAGAAAGAAAGAGC